AUUUGAAGGACACUCAUCAGGAGUUGGUAUUGAAUUCGAUUAAAAGUAUUAUAGUAUAAAGAAAAUGAAUAUAACUUUAUAAUGGAGAAUAUAUCAUGGUGGAAUCAACGACUAUGGAAAUCUUAUAUUGAUCAUCCAAAUAGUUUAAUCCCUGAACGAAAUACUGCUGAAUAUACUUCAACUAGUACACAUUAUACAAGUCAACAAUUAAAUCGACAUACUAUUUAUAAUCUGGAUAAUACACAGACUAUUUCAAUAGAUGGAAGAUCCUCUGAAAGAUCAUUGAAUAGUACUACUACUACUAGUAGUAGUACCACUACUACUACUACUAAUAGUAGUAGUAGUAGUAUUAAUGAUAAUAAUAAUACUAUUCAACAGAAUACUUUCAAUAAUCUUAUUGAAGAGAAAAUAUCUAAUUAUUCACAAUUAUAUUAUAAUAAUAUAUUGAAUGAAAUCUCUUCAAGGCCAGUAAUCAAUAAUUUACAAUCGAUUUAUAAUUAUAAAAAUCGUCCAUUAGGAUCAUUACGUGUUUAUUAUUUAACAAGACCAUAUUCAGCAACAUGUAUAAAUCGUUCAUUAUCAUUGCAUAGAUUAUCAUCACAAGAGAAUAUGAUAUCAUUAUCAUCAAGACAAUCAAGUAUUGGUAAUUGUAUAAAUUUUUCACGGGAUAACUCGUUCUCUUCAUCAUUACCUAAUAAUAAUAAUAGUAAUAAUAAUAAUAAUAAUAAUAAUAAUAAUAAUAGUAUGGCGUAUAUUAAAAAAUCGUAUCCUAUAAAUUGUAAUGGUAAAAUGUGUCAAUUACAUGAACGAUAUAAACCAUCCAGCAUAACUGAUUGUUAUAAUAAAACAUAUUCAAGUAAUACGUCAUAUGUUAAAAGACGAUUAUCAGCGCCAAAAACUCAUAAUUCCCUAGUGGAUACAUUAAAACAAAAGUCUACAAGAUUACCUCGUAGAGCAUUAUCAGCAUGUAAUAAAGAUAUAAAUCAUAUAAAAUAUUCUAAUAAAUUAUUAAACAAUAAAAUCAAUUAUAAUGAAGAUAUUUUAUUGGAUAAUAAAAGAAUAUUGAAAUCUUCUUCAUCGCCUAUUGGUCAAUCAGUGAUAUUAAAAGAAAGUAAACAUGCUGAACAACCUUCUUCUUCUUCUUCUUCUUCUCUGAAUAAUCCAUUGAAACAAAUAGAUCAAGUCAAAGAAGAUGUUUCAUUGAAUUAUACUAAUUCUAUACUUAAUAAUAAUAAUAAUAAUAAACUUGAAAAUAAAUUACAAUUUUUACAAUCUAAUAAUCAAAUAUCAAUCAUUAUAAAAUCAAUAAAUAAUCAACAAUUACAAAAAAAUAUAAAUGAUAAUAAAAUCAAUAAUUUAACACAAUCUAUUCAUCAAAUAGAAAGUGUAUCUGAUGAAGAUCAUUUAUUCGAAACACUAUCACAAAAUAAAAUCAAUAAGGAUAAUAAUAUUGAAAAUACUUCAAUAAUAAAUGAAAUAGAAGAAAUGAAUAAAAAUAUUAUUCAUAAGAUAAUGGAUAAAGAAAAUCAAUAUAAUACUAAUAUACAUGAUGAUCAAUUGAAAUAUUCAUCAAUUAUAAGAUCGAAUCCUGACGAAGUAGAAACUCUACAACUAUCAUCAAAUGUUGACAUUAUGCCUCCACCUCCUUCUCCUUCUCCUCCUCCUCCUCCUCCUCCUCCUCCUCCUCCUACUACUACUACUACUACUACUACUACUACUACUACUACUACUACUACUACUACUACUACUACUACAGAGGUCAAUAAUUAUCCUAUAAAAUCAAUACUUAAACCUUCUAAACACUCAAUAAAAUUGGAUUCAGUUAAGAAAUACUCAUCAUCAGCUGAUGUAUCAAAUAGUUCAUCUAUAACAGAAACAUUGACUGCAAUACAAAUUCCUAAUUCAAUGGGUUCAAUAUAUCCUAAUAAUAUUGAUCAAAGUAUAUUAAAUCGUAGAGUUAAUUCAGCUGAUUGUUAUUCACAUAGAUCUAAUAUAUCCAAUAUAAUUACUACUACUACUAAUAAUAACAAUUAUUAUUAUACUACUUAUACUACUAAUCGACCAAAAUCAUCUAUACAACGAAAUAAAUUUUCUUCAAUGGAAAUACAUACUACUUCAAUUGAUAGACAAUUAUCAACACGUAACAAUAAAUUAAGUGUACGUUUUGAUAUGAAUAAUAAUGCUGUAAUAGAAUUCUCUCCAUAUGAUAUAAUCUAUUUAGACAAUAGAUUAAAAUAG